GUUUAGGCAAACCCCCCCAAGCGACCAGAGUGACACGUGACCGCACGUCAAAUAAAGAAGCAGGCAGAAACGUCUGUUCAAAAAGUUUGUAGAGAGAGAGGGAGAGCCUGCGAGUGCAUUCAAUGAAAGGAAAAUGUCUCCUGCUCCAGCAGAGCCGUUAGAGUACAAACCCCUGGAUGGCGGUUGGGGCUGGAUGGUGGUGAUUGGUGCCCACAUUUCCAUUGGCUUUGCCUACGCUACACCCAAAGUCCUCUCCAUAUUCUUCAAGGCGAUCCAAGAAGACUUGGGAGCGAGUUUCAGUGAGAUAGCAUUGAUUUCAUCCAUCAUGCUAGCUGCCAUGUAUGCAGGCGGACCAGUGAGCAGUGCUUUGGUCAAUCGCUUUGGAAGCCGGCCAGUAGUCAUAGUGGGUGGACUGCUGUGUGGGGUCUCUAUGAUAACUGCAUCUUUUGGGACCUCCAUCAUUUACCUCUACUUUUGCAUUGGUGUCAUUGGAGGCUGUGGGCUUUCUUUAAACCUGAAUGCAUCUCUCAUCAUCAUCAGCAAGUAUUUCCUAACUAGACGUCCUCUAGCCAAUGGACUCGCAAUGGCCGGGAGUCCAGUGUUUCUCUGUGUCCUGGCCCCCUUCAACCAAUACUUACUGGUCCAUUUUGGCUGGAGGGGAAGUCUCCUCAUCCUCGGGGGUCUGAUGCUCCAUUGUUGUGUUGCUGGGGCUCUCAUGAGGCCUGUUCCUCUGCCUUGUAAACCAUGUUCAUAUGCCCUGGAGAAGACCGUAGAGGAACAGCCAUAUAACAGAAACACCAGACUAAGGAGAGGCUUUGUGAAGAACGCUAAGAAGUUCUUGGAUUUGUCUCUCUUCAAGGAUAGAGGCUUUGUUAUUUACCUCAUUGGGAGCAUCAUGUUUAUCUUUGGUGCUUAUGCUCCAAUUGUAUUCCUGUCAGCCUAUGCUAUUAGUCAGGGUGUGGAAGAGUACUCUGCAGCUUAUCUGCUCUCUAUAAUGGGCUUUGUGGACAUGUUUGUUCGGCCUGGCACAGGCCUGAUCGCCAACAGCAAGUGGAUCAGGCCCAGAAUCCAGUACUUGUUUGGUUUUGCCAUGGUUGUAAACGGCACAUGCCACUUACUGUGCCCACUGAUCCAGAGUUACACCUUCCUGGUGGUCUAUGCUGUCUUUUUUGGCGUUGGCUUUGGAAUGGUUUUUGCCCUGAUAUUUGAAUGCCUGAUGGAUCUGAUGGGCAGUCAACGUUUCCCCCGAGCUGUUGGACUGGUCACCAUCAUCGAGUGCUUCCCCAUGCUGCUAGGACCACCUGCUGCAGGGUUACUGGUGGACAUCUAUGGAGACUACAAGUACCUUUUCCUCAUGUGUGGGUCAGUGAUCUUAACUGGUGGGCUGUUCCUCUUUGUCAUGAACAUCUACAACUACCACAUGCUGGAAAAAGAGAAGCAGAACCAGGUGAGAGCCUCAGAGGUGGAGAUGAAUCAGAACCCCGAGGCAGGGAUGGGACAAACUGAGCCCGAGGCUAAAGAGGAGAAUGGAGCCCUCAGAGAUCCCGAGAACACAGAAAUUCCAAGUUGAUGUGAAUUUGUUUCAUUAGCACUUUGAAUAAUUACUGACAAGGAAACUUGAUGUAAAUAAGGCAAAAAAUGGUGCCAUUCAAGCCUCAAACAGGAUAUAGAGAAAAUGUCAGGGAAUCAUGGCAAUGUUUCUGUCUUUCUCUGAGUUGUUUUCAUCAGCCACUAUUUUGUCUUUUUAUUUGUAGCUUUAAGUCACAAACACUGUGAUUGAUGCACCAAUACACAUUAUUUUGUCUUGUUGCUCUUUGCGAAAAAUCAACCAUACGACCAGACAUAAAAACCUUUUUAUAGUUUUUAGUGUGUUUUUAUACAUUUAUGGAGUCCGCAGACAUUGAUUCCUUGGUAUCAGCAUGUUGGCAAUCUUGUUAGUGUUGCAAGUGUUUAAAUUUUGAUCUGAAUAUGAUGCUUGAUAACAAGUCAGGGACUCACCAAAGUCAUUCUGUGGGAAACACAGAAUGACACUUAAUCCAAUCCUUUAUUCUUGUGUUUCUACUUCAAUAAGCUGGAGCAAUCGUAGCUCUUCUAAACACUGUUUUAUGGGACCUUUAUGCUUCUUAUGUAAAAGUAGGUACAGCACAAUAGGAACCUUGAGUUAUGUAACAUACAGUGAUUUGUCCAGGCAUGAAUGUAAGUUGUUUGAUCCUAUAUUUAAUUCAAUGAAGCACCAAACGGCAUCUUAAAAAGCCCCAAUCAAACAUGAAGUAUUGACAUAAAACAUCUUGGAGGUUCUGCUUUCAUUUCCUUGAAAUUGUACCAAUAGUUGGGAUGUUCUCCUUAAAGCCCCUAAUGACAACAGCGUGUUGGUCUGAGGGUCAACCAUUUCAUCGUUCACUCAGCGCUGUGUCUGUCAAAUUCUGAGGCACUCAAUGUGGGUUUCAAAUUCCACAGAUCUUGAAUGUUUUUUCUCAUAAGUUACAAGUCAUAGAGGAUGUGGAGCAAGUUGAACAUAGCUAAGAGUGAAUAGUAUUUCCUAACAAAGAUGCUGCAUGAUUUUUUCUGUUUUCUGUUCAUCUCACUGUCACUUAACUUCAAAGUAUGACUUGUUAAUGUUCUGUUAAGAAUAACUGCACUGUCUGCAUUCUAGUUGUGACAUUAUAGAUAUAAGGAGAUAGAGAUAUUAGUGAAAAAAGAAAAGGCUCUACAUGUCUCUCUUUGUUUUAUGAUUCCUAUUCGUUCAUUUCAGUUACCUUUUUACAAACAUGAUACAUGUUCUUGUGCCACUGUACUUAAAGUUUUGACAUUAUGAAAGUGAAAUAAGGUUUUGCAUACACAAUACUGUACAGCCACUUGCAAAAACAACUUGUAAGUAUCACAUGUUUUAGACUGUUAAAAGUAGACACUGUACCUCCUCUUGAGUGAAAGUGGCUGGUAGUCAUUUACAUCUAAUACUGUUGUUUUCAAAGUUUUUUAGUCUAUUUAUUUUGUGAUUUAAAGGUACAGUGUAUAGAAAUGGGGAUAUUCAUUGAUAUUUAGCUGUCAAAUUCUAGAUAAAAAUGCUCACUUGCUCACCCCUUCCAAGCAAUGGUGGCCUUUGAGGACAAAAAGCUGCUGUCAUGCAUUUUAGGUAUGAUCCUCCAUUUGUCAAGUUUCACUAUCAAAGACAUCUGUCAAUACAAAUUAUUUUGCACAUCGCUCUCUUCUUCAUUUUACAACUAUUGCAUUCCACCAGCAGCCAUUAACUAAAUACAAACCCAUAUAUGUUAUGAGUUUGUCCAUUCUGUGCUACUGUAGAAACAUGGCAGUGCCAUAUUGAGGCAUCUGUGGAAGGGGAUUCUUAUGUGCUUCCUAUGUGGAUAAUAAAAGGCUCAUUCUAAUUUAACAACGACAAGAAUGUUUUUAUAUUCAGUUGAUUAUAAACUAUUGUAAACAUACUGAGGAAUAUCACAUUCCAUUAUGACCAAGCCUGUUCUGCUGAAUAAUGUAAAUACCUCACACUGUACCUUUUUUUUAAAUAAGUUCUGCUGUAAUUUAAUAACUUUAUGUUAACAUUGACAUUUGCUGUUUGAGAGAGGAUGAAUUUUUAUGGACUAAACUAAUUUGAUGCUGUGUGUUUGUGCCUGUGUGUGAUGUGUGUUUGAGUGUCUCAAAAAAAAUGUUUUACCAAUGGUUCCAAAAGUAGCUAUCAAAACUUUGAAUUGAAAGAGGAUGGCAGCUUUCUGAGGUUCAGAUUUUAGAAUUUUUAUCAAAGCUUUUAUCUGUUGAUUGUUACAGAUUAUUUCAAUUUCUCAUGUCUUCUGGAUAUGUUGAGUAUAAUUUGCUGAUACUGUUGUUAACUUUUAAUAAAACUCCAAUGUAGUUUCUUUUUUCUUUGGUGUGUGCAUUUGAAUAGAUGUUAUUGGCAUAUUCCUGAAUGUAUUUUGGAAGAUCUUUUAGUUGUUGAUGUUUUCGAACUGUAAAAAUGACAACUAGCAAUUGUUGAGCAAACAAACGUCUUCUGAUAAAUCAGACUCAAAAUUAUAGCUUACACAUAUGUAACUAAUAAAAUUGCAUUUUCCCAGCAAA